AUGGAACCUGAUCAUCUUCCAAGGAAAGGCGAGAGCGACUUUCAGCCUCACAUACGCAGUAUCCAAAGGCACCGUCCGAGUCGCGAAGAGUGUGUUAAUCAGGGUACCCGUAGGGGUCUUUACAAGGACCCUGCAGAUGAUACUGAUGAGGACUUGUCGGACGUUCCCGAAGAUUACGGCCAGUCCGAUAAUACCAAGAAACUACGCUUCCGACUGGUGGAUCGUUGGGGUCGUUUCUGCCGGACAAAAGCGGCCGAGCCAUUUGCAGACCUUAAAUGGAGCGAUGCUGAGGAAGCCCUUCGCCAGGCUUCUCCAAAGGACAUGCAUCGGUUCUUGAACUGGUGUUUCAAGCUCGAGCGCGGGAAAGACGGCCGAAGGCUGAAAGGAUACAACAAAGCCAGUGCUCUGAAAGAAGACUGGAAGUAUUUUCGAGGUUACUAUACAAAAGUGACCAAGAACCCGAUGAGCAAAGAAAUGGGCGCGGCCGUUCGCAAGGGCAUUCGACGCCUGAUCGACAAGUAUGGCCUCGAUACGCAAGUUCGGGAUAACACUCCUGUCUACAUUGAGGACAUGGUCCCUUUUAAUGAGACCAUCCUCCAGACACGGGAAAAGCGAUUCCAUCUUGGUUUCCAACGCAUCCUGCUGUGCUUCUAUGUCAUGAUGGGCUUAUUCACAGUCAGUCGGAAAGGUGCUAUGCUGCACCUUCAGUACAAGCAUUUGGUGGUAACUCUGCAGAAGAACCCGCACGGAGGACCCCCAGUACCCAUGGUUGAUUUCCGGGCCGAGUUCAUCAAGGGUUUUCUGGGAAUGAAAGAGCUGUAUUGGAACAGCAACACGUUCUCUCUCCCGGAAAUUAUCUAUGGAGUGUCUCUCGUCUUCAGUCCGCGCGUCUUCCUCUUCGCCAUGCUGUUCCAUGCCAACGCGUUUGAGGCCCCCAAAAUGGAUGAUUAUUAUGUGUUCUGUAAAGUAGAGGUGGUAAAGGGUCAGGUUCGAAUUCUGCGAGAUCAACCCAUGAGUGCUGGCACCCUCAAUGCACAACUCCGGUCUUUUUCUGAGAUCCACGGAUCUCUCAAUGCCCUGCUCUCGCAUCAAUUCCGUUAUGGCAGCGGGAAGAUGCUCGAUGAAAGAUGGGUGAGCGAUGCUCAGCGGAAUCUGAUCAUGAAGCAUGCGAGUAGCACUACCUUUCUUAACCAUUACCGCCCAAGGCGCCAUGUUUUCAUGCAAGAACACAUGCUUGGGCUUCCGCCGGACAAGGAAUUUGAGCGGGCAGUGACGAGCAUCAGUCGGUGGAUUGAUAAGUGGCGUCCGCGGUAUCUGAACGAUAUGGAAAAAGCGUCUGUGGAGCGUGAUCCUGAGUUGCAAGCGGCGAUCCAACGGCGGGAGGACUUGGCCGAUGAGUACGAACACAGUCAAGACCCUACGCUGAUUCCACUGUUACGAGAGCGGCAGCAGGACGUUACCAACACCCGCCGGCGGUUACAGUACAAACGGCGGAAAGAAGUGCGUCAGGAGUUCAGUCGAAAGCAAGCGGUCAUCGACAUCGAGCGGCAGCUGUCCGGGUCCGCCGUCCAUGAUGAGGAUGACCGUGAGUUCUCACAGGCAGAGUAUGAGAUGCCUCCGGCGCAGAUCCGUCUCGUAGAGAAGCUCCUGGUUGUGCCAACCUCAUGGUCACUGGAAGCUGAGUGGCAACGACGUCACGAGGCUGUGGAGGCCAUAAAGGAGCGGGCCGCUCCGGGGACGGCCGAAGCGAUCGGUGCCGCGCGAUGGAGAAAUAACGAGAGCAUCCAACCAGAACGUGAGAUCGAACAAGAGGAACACCCAAGUAUAUCUGCAUGGGAGGCAAAGUUCCAGGAAACCAAGGAGCACAUCCAGACGGCGCAGAAGCCGUUGGCAUGCUUUCAAUGUUACAAAACGUCCUCUCAACAUCAGGGCGUCCAGAGGCACUUCCGGACCGCGCAUCUCGGCGAUUGCAAGUGCAACUUCUGCGAUAUGGAGCUUCUGCAUCAGAUGCACCUGCAGAACCAUGCAGCGGCAGUCCACCACCUUCGUACUUGA